AUGAUCAGUUGGUGGGAGAAAUCCCGCCCACUCGGAUUUCAGACUCCAAACCUGCGCAUUGAUUCUAAGCAGGCAAAAACCCGGGUCUCAGCCCAGGUUGAGCCAUGGCCCAAAGAUAAACUCAAGCGAGCAAGUGUCACUUCUGCUGAUUUUGGUGGCAUCAACGGACACUGCAUCAUUGACCAUGUCCACAACCUCCUUCCAUCCUAUGUCAAGCCCGGUAUUGUUGGUCAGCGUGUCGAGCAACCGAAUGGACAAAACGGCGUCAACGGCACAAACGGCGUCAACGGCACGAACGGCGUCAACGGCACGAACGGCGUCAACGGCACGAACGGCGUCAACGGCACGAACGGCGUCAACGGCACGAACGGCGUCAACGGCACGAACGGCGUCAACGGCACGAACGGCAUCAACGGACAUGUGAAUGCAGGUGUCCUCUCAAAUGGCGCUAGGGGCCCACUGGAUCAAAGAAAGCAUCAUAAGCCAAAGAAUGAGGCACCAAAAUUUGUCCGAAAGGCCGACGCAGGCACUUGGAAUCUGGUGGCUUUUCCCUUCUGGGCACAUAACCAAACCUCACUUGUAGCGAACGUCGACUCAUUGAAUGAAGUCAUCCACCAGCACUCACUGGCCGAUGUUGCCUAUACUCUCAGUGCUACAUCUACUAGUUUUCGGCUGGCUCCCUUGAAUGUACAGUGA